UGUAGUAGUAGAUCUGUACCAGUACAGAGGGAUGGGCCAAAAAGUCAUAUACGUUUCAGUAAGAUUGGAUUUUUAGCAUUUAUAGCAAUGGUUAUCAACUGUACUGCAGGGAUAAGUUGCAGAAAAUUUAGUUUGUGGUGGUCGCUGCAGAGAAGUAUUUGGGUGUGCGAGACUUGACAUCAGAAGAGUUACAGGGUGUGUUAAGUGGUGAUGUCCCAUCCUUUCAGGGUGAUGGCAUGAGGGAGACACCAACAAAGUUUCUGAGUGAGAUAACAUGGAAGACAACAACAACGUGACAAGAAAGUACCAUCAGAAAGGGACUAAUGGAUUUAGAACGGACCGUGUGGUUGUGCGUAAUUUCGAAAGCGCUGACUAUCCGGACGUCGAGCGCAUAUUCAUUGACGGGCUGAUGGAGAUGGUUCCGGACACCGCGUUUAGAGGGUUAAAACGUCACCCUGAGAGCCUGCUGCUGUACGCCGCUAUGACAAUUGUUUGUUUUAUUGCGACCAAGUCGUUGUUGCUGACUUGUUUGGUGCCUCUCGCUGUCCUGUGCGCACGCUACUACUACAGCAGGAGAGUUGUCCUUGGGUACCUGGAGCGCGCCAAACUCACGGAUAUGGGCGACAUCGAGGGACAUUACAUGAAAACUCCAGACUCCUGUCUGUGGGUUGCAGUGCUGGAGGGCAGUGUGGUGGGUGUAGUGGCGGCCCGUGCCCUGCGGGGGGAAGCUGGCACUGUGGAGCUGCAUCGCAUGUCGGUGGACAGGCCCUGUCGGCACCGCGGGGUUGGCUUUGCCCUCGGGCGGAAGGUUCUACAAUUUGCAGCGGACCGUGGCUACCUCUCUGUCGUCUUGGGAACCACGGCCUACUCGCCGGCUGCUCACCGGCUAUACCAGACUCUGGGGUUCCGAUGCGUCGGUGUCACCAAGGGAUACGCCACUCCUGGCGUGAGCCGGUCGGUUCUGGAACAGCUCUUCUACCGGGUCAGUCAUCACCACUACCGGAUGGACAUGACCGUUCACAAGACUAACACUCACAGCCAACACUGAGCACAGAACAGUGAUGGAGCAUAGCACAGAACAGUGAUGGAGCACAGCACAGAACAGUGAUGGAGCACAGCACAGAACAGUGAUGGAGCACAGCACAGAACAGUGAUGGAGCACAGCACAGAACAGUGAUGGAGCACAGCACGGAAGUGAUGGAGCACAGUAAUAAAGUACAACACGGAACAGUGAUGGAGCCCAGCACACGGAACAGUGAUGGAGCCCAGCACAGUAAUAAAGCACAGCACGGAACAGGGAUGGAGCACGGAACAGGGAUGGAGCACGGAACAGGGAUGGAGUACAACACACGAGUGCACAUGCAGGCAAAUGCACGCCACACACGCAAGCACACACUCUAACCCAACCCCCUGAGACCCUGAGCACCUUGUUUCACCAUUUAGUGAAUGGAAGAAAAUCUCCAGAACGUAAUGUAUGUAAUCACUAGGUUAAAGGUAAAGAAUUGUUCGCAAAUGUACCGUUUUUCCUUGUGAUUUGAAGAGGUUUCUGUUAAUUUCCUGUUCAGAGAAUUGGUGGGGAAAUGGGGUACGUUCGAGUGCAUGGUUUAUUCAGGGUAACGCUAGUAGCUUAUUCCGGGUGACAUGCAUGUUUAUAUCCCAGGUUAUUGAUGCUUAAAGCAUAGCAGCAUCUCCAUUGAAAUGUGUGCUGGUAUUAUUACAUAUGUUUAUCUGAACAUGUCUGUAUGGUAUAUCAUGUGCUUUGAAUGUUAAUUGACCAGAUGUAUAAGGCUUGGGUAUUGCUAUAAGAAGCCUGUACUCUCAUUGUUUGAGGAACAGGACAGGGAACAGGUCGGCAUGCUGCUCGGGUUUGUUUGAAAUGCUCUAUUUGAUCAUUUCUGUAAAUACUUGCACAUUUUGCCGGCUAUUAUCUUCACUUGCAAAUAAAAAGUAUCACUUUGGGCAAGAAAAAUC